GCCAGCUCCUCUCGGCCGCCGCGCUGCUCCGGGGCCCGCCCCGGAGAGGGGCUUUCCCGCGGCGCCCCGGCCGCGCUGCGCUGCCGCACGUCCGCGAGUCCCCGCUGCUCUUCCUCGCCGUUGUUGCGGCCUUGCCGGAGCCGGAGCCCCGCGGCAGGUCGGAGGGUAGAACACGGACACAGGAAGAAUCCAAAAACAACUGAAGACCAUGGCAACACACUGGAGAAGAAUCCUGACAGUAUUUGUGACAGCUCAAGUACUAUUAGUGAUAAAUGCCUUUGAAGAAGAGGAUGUACCAGAGGAAUGGAUUCUUCUGCAUGUUGUCCAAGGUCAGAUUGGAGCAGGAAACUACAGUUAUUUGAGACUAAAUCAUGAGGGAAAGAUCGUUCUUCAGAUGCGGAGUUUAAAAGGUGACGCAGACUUGUACGUGUCUGACGUGACACUGCACCCCAGCUUUGACGAGUACGAGUUACAGUCUGUGACUUGUGGCCAGGACAUCGUGCACGUGCCCGCACACUUCCGCCGCCCUGUGGGAAUAGGGAUUUAUGGGCACCCCUCUCACCUGGAGAGUGAGUUUGAAAUGAAGGUGUACUACGAUCGAACAGUGGUGCAGUACCCAUUCGGUGAGGCUUCUUACAACCCUGAGGAGAUGGAGGCAAACCAGAAAUACUCACAGUCUACAGAAGAUGAAUCUCAGGAUGAGGAGUCUGUUUUCUGGACUAUACUUAUUGGAAUCUUGAAAUUAAUACUUGAAAUCCUUUUUUAAAUUGAUACACACUGGAC